AUGGAAUUUGAUUCAUUUUCUGAAUUUUAUGAACAGUUAAAUGCGUACUACGUAGACAAGCCUGGGAAAAAGCCACCUACCAAAAUUGACGUUCAAUUAAUGAUUGAAGACAUUUUAGCAGCAAAAGUAAAAAUGUAAGUAAUCGUUAAAAUAUACAAAAUAUUAGUAAAUAAAAAUUAUAUAUUAAGACACUUCAAAUAAAAUUAUUACAAUCAGCCAUCAGGGCUUGUCUUACAAACACGUAACAUAGCAAAUUUACGCUCAGCAGUUCACGUUUUAUUCCGUUGGAUUAAAAAUUAGAUAAUAAAUAUUUAAAUAAUAUUAUUUAAUAUUUACAUUAAAUAUUUGUUUAUAAUUUGAAAUUUAUCUGUUGAACGGUCGAUAUCUCAUCUUUACAAUUUAUUAAUAAUAAAUAUAGUACGGUGCGAUACGUACCAGUAUCAAUGUUAUUAUUUCGAUUUCACGAAAAGUUACCUAUUGAUGUAAUUAAUUUAAAAUAUUACACAAAGUGUAAAAUAAGAGUUUCCAUUUCAUGAAAUGGAUAAAAUAUAUGUCCGUUUCAUGAACUAAAAUUUGACUUACACGUNAGAAAAUGAAUCAAAUUCCAUUUUAACGCUAAUAUACGGCUCGCUUCAAGUUAAAGGACGUACUGGCAUCAUAUAAAAAUAAUAUAAUAUACAGAUUUUCCAGAAUGCCUUGGUCGUAUCACACUUAUACAAUUGAUUCAAUUGAAUUUUGAUUAAAUAUAUAUUUUAUCGACUAAAAUUUAUCUGCUGAACGGUCGAUAUCUCAUCUUUACAAUUUAUUAAUAAUAAAUAUAGUACGGUGCGAUACGUACCAGUAUCAAUGUUAUUAUUUCGAUUUCACGAAAAGUUACCUAUUGAUGUAAUUAAUUUAAAACAUUACACAAAGUGUAAAAUAAGAGUUUCCAUUUCAUGAAAUGGAUAAAAUAUAUGUCCGUUUCAUGAACUAAAAUUUGACUUACACGUUAUGAUCGUAGUUCAUGAAAUGAACAUUCAUUUCAUGAAAAAUACGAUUACACUAAGUGGAUACGACUUAUAUAUAUAUAUAUUGUUGACGAAGCAUCACUUUCAAUUGAACUCCGCUCAGAAUCGUUUUUUCGUUAGUAAUGGUCUAUUGCUGCUUACAGGUAUACAUUAAAUUAUCUAUAACAGUGGCUGCACCCGUCCCCAUUAUCUUAGUACGUCUCUUUCUUUUGAAAAUUAAAUUAUGUUUUAUUUACACGACGUUUCUCGUCUUGCGCGCUCGGUGCGACAGCGGCACAGUGCGAAAUAUGUGACGUUUUCGUUUGUUCCCGUUCGCGUAGUCUGGCGGAAAAAUUAUCACGUCGAUUAUAAAAAAAAAAAAAAAAAAAAAAUAACGACGGUCGGCAAUAGAAAAAAAAAAAAAUAAAUAUUGUACACGCGGUAGACGUUUUCUGUUUUCCUCUCCUUGCCGUAUAAAUCUUUACCGCGUAAUACGUUGUCCGGACGGUUUAACGGGUUUCUCCCCCCACCCCUUCUCCCCUUGCGGUUCGUACCCGUGCGGGGUACGACAUUGAUCGGUCGUGUGCACUUACUGUACGUGGGCACCCCGUACAGCACGUACCCUGCACAAUGUACCGGCCGACGGCGACGCGUCAAAACGCGAAAUCCGCCGUAGGAAUUAUAUCGUUCCGGUCGUUUAUACAACGCCGGCGUUAUAAACAUUACCGCCGCCCGACGUGCGGUUACCACGGGCUCCUACCUAAUGGUUUAUGCAUUACGUAUUAUUAUUUAUUCGCGUUAAACUGUUGUUGUUGUUUUUCCGCUGUUUACACCGGCGGCUAGACGAGAAGAAGAGGGGGUUUUUUAAGUGCCUAUUUAUCCCCGGCCGUCGUCGCGGCGUUUGGUCCCGGCGAACGCGACACCGGCGCGCGGCGACAACGCCCCGUCGUAACUCCGCCGCGUACCGCGUGCGCAUUAUACGUGGGGACGACCGACGUGGCGCGUUAACGCUCGGAGGAAGUGUUGACUCUUUUCGGCGUUUCUUUUCUUUUUUUUUUUUCUUCAAAUUCGUACAGCGCGUUUAAGAUACGAAACGGCCCUAGGAUUUUGUAACCGACGUCUCGAUUUUCAUCGGUGACCAAUCGCCAAACGCUUUUACGGGAUAUUACGUUUAUACGCGCGUGCGGUGUGAGCGGCGUGAGCGGUAUGGGGGCACCGUACAAACGCCGGGUGUACGCGGCAUCCGUCUACGCCGUGCCGCCGCGCAAAUAGUGCACCACUGCUCUUACCCCGUUAACCGACCCCGAAGUGAAAUAUUUCGUCGACGGGUCGCCGGCAACACCAAAACGUAUUUAAACUCGUAAUCCUCUUACGCGGAAUUUACCAUAUACGUUGGCUGGGUAUUUGAAAAUCAAAAUUGGGCAGCGGUUUCGUCCUCUACGACAAGAGCGACGACAAAUCAACGUAACAUUUUAGAGUUACUUAUUUGUUAAAUUUUAUGAAAAAUAAAUCCCGAGAUAAUGAGUGUUUUGCGCUUGUGUCGAUCACUCUGUGUACUUUAAAAAGCGUGUAGGCGUAAAAAAAACCUCUUGUAAAAUGCUCCUUUCUUUGUCGUUGCACAUACUCAUAUAAUAAUAUGUAUUUAUUCAGUGCUUAUUCGCACCGGGCGAGUGAACAGAAAUUGCUACUGCGAAACGUGCCUGUACAUUUAAUUAUUAUACUAUACGAUCAUAGUAUAACCCAGGUCUUCUCCUGUGUAUCGUUCUCAGUUCUUAUAUUUUUAUUUAAAAGAAUUUUUUGAGAAAGUGAGCAAUAUUAACAUUUAAAAAAAAAAACAAAUCAGAUGGUUACACAUACUCGUAUGUACCUAUAGAUUGAGAGAGGAUGUCGAAUAGCGUAACGAAAUAUACACUAGAACAGAGGACCCGCAGAGGACUAAAUGCGACCGUCGGACAGACAAAAUAUGGAUAGACUAACGAUUAAAACAGAAGAUCUCCAAAUAUAUGUCUUUAUAGAGUGAAUAAUCCGAAAGAAGUGGCGAACAAUAGAGAAGAACAGAUCGAGGAUAGGCUGUGUGGAGAAGUGAUUGGCCCAGAAGUCUUAACGACUUGA